AUGGAGCAGGAGCCAAUCGCUCUGGGUCUUGAUGUUCAGGUCGUUGACCCAGAUGUUCGGGGCUAUGUUUAUAGCCUGGUAACUGCGCUCGGAGGUUUCAAUGGCGAUGAUGCGGAUCGCUAUGUUUUGGGUGACGAUGCCCUGGCAUGUCUGCGCGAUAUCAAGCGGUGGCUGAAGCUCUACGACGAAAAGAAUAACCGAAUGGAUGUGGCGCGAUGCCUCGGAGAAGCCAAUCUAAUCAAUGGAGACCUGCUUCCAAUUCUUUCGCUCUGGUGGUCCAAUGGACAAAAGAACAAGCACAUGACGCGCAUUGCUCUAGCAUGCUUGGAACUUCUCGUGCCGUUGACUUGGCCAGUCGAGUUCCAUAGCCAGAUGACCGUCAACCACCACCGGCACACCCCUUACAUCCAGCAAGCACAAGUUCAGUACAAACGAGGUGUUUUAAAACAUGGUGGAUCGAACAUCCUACGCACGAUCAUACGGAUUGCCCUUCCCAGCAUGGCCCUGCCUCGGUCCGAGCGGGAGUCCCGAGACGAAGGGAUACUCAAAUUAAUGCUCUAUUUCCUGCGAAAUAUCGCCAUCAUAUCUACAAAUGCACGCUUGGCGGCUGAUGGUGAAGAAGAGGAGACUUCCAGAUCGGCUACUAUUGAAGCAUUCCAAGAACAGGACGCAUUCGCCCUGCUUCUGACUAUGUGCUCCAAUGUCGGUGAUGACUUCAACCUACAGGACGUGGUAUUGCUCGAGAUACUUUUCCACAUUGUGAAAGGCGUUAACGUCGAGAAACUGUUCAUGGACGACGAGCAGAAAAAGGCCAAGGGCGCGAAUGAACUGGGUGACCUUUUGCGUAAGGAGGAUAAAGUGCGAAGAGAAUACGCCAAAAAUGCGCCAACCCGACAUGGACGCUUUGGCACUAUGAUCUGGGUGAAGCGGGAUGAUGCCAAGGUAUCUACCGUUUCUGGGCAGAAUGUUUUGCGAGACGACCAAACCACCCUUCAGAAGAUGGACGAAAGCAAGAAAUGGAACAAACCUCAACCCCGUCGCAAGCAGGAAGAUGUAGUACAAAACAAUAACUUCAAUAUGCCCGCGCACCUCUCCUCAUCCGCAUCCAAGCACUUGCGAACCUUUGUGGAGGAAUUCCUGGACUCUGGAUUCAACCCUCUGUUUACCCACGUCCGUAAGGCGAUUGAGCGUGAAGCAGAACGGGUUCUGGAAAUCAAUUCUCGCCAAUUCUUCUACACGGUUGGCUGGUUUUUGGAAGCGGAGCGCACCCGACGGAGUCGACAGAUGAAGCAACACAUUCGGAGCGGAAAGAACGCCAAGGACAUGGAGCCAGACAGUUACGGUCUGGUUGCUGGAGUCUUGAAUCAAGAGACAUUCAUUUCCUUAAACCGUGCCAUGCAGAAUAGCCUGGACAACAAGGAGUGGGAGGAUCUGACAGCACAGAUGCGCUGUUUCACACAGAUUCUCUUAACUGUCCAGGAAAUGGCCGCAUCACCAAUUGAAGAAGACCAGGAUAUUGCCGAAAACAUCCAAAACCGUAUCUUCUACGAAGAAACAACUCACGACCGGAUCAUUGCUAUCAUGCGUGGAUACAAAGACCAAGGAUUUGGAUACCUGGAUGCUUCUACAGAGCUCCUACACGUAUUCUUGCGAAUGCUUGAACGCUACUCGAAGGAAAAUGCCGACAUGCAGGUUCGAUCCAAGCGAAGAGCCAGACGCAUUAAGAAAAAGGCUGCCCAAGCCAACGGAAAAGAUGGACCCGACAACGAGGAAGUACAAAACUCCGAAGAUGAGGACUUGGAGGAGGCCGCGGCGACCGUCAAGGAGCGUGCUUUCGAUUUCAAGCGCUUCGUGUCCAAAUUCUGCAACCAGAAGUGCGUUGACACGUUUAUCGCCUUUACAGAGUUCUAUCGUGAAUUGAACUCGGAGCAGUUGAAACGUGCUCAUCGGUAUUUUUAUCGCAUUGCAUUCAAGCAGGAGAUGUCUGUCCUCUUGUUCCGUUUGGAUAUUAUCAAACUUUUCCAUCGAAUGAUCAAGGGACCUGGAGGAAUAGACUCUAGUGAGCCUGUCUUUAAGGAAUGGGAGGAGCUGGUCCGCCAGCUUAUUCGACGACUCAUCAAGAAGAUUGACCAACGUCCUGCCAUGAUCACUGAAUUGCUGUUCAGCAAAAUCAACUCCACAGUGUACUACCUGGAGUACGGACAUGAAAAGCAGACCAUAUCUAAUACCAGACGCGCGCCCGCAGAUUUAGUAUUCACCUCAAAGGAAACAAAAACCACCAAAGACAAGCUGGGAAUUGUAGCUGGCGCCCUUGCUCUUGAUGGUCGAGCCGAUCUCGCAAAAUGGGUCGUCGAUGUUUUGACCUCGGCAGCCUCCGAAAGAGAGUCCUGGGAGGCACAGGACGAGGCUCGGCGCGCAGAGGACCCUGAGGCAGACAGCGCUCCUAGUCCGAUGAUCUACGUGGAAGCCCGCGACGAAUUUUGCCGGAAUGCAAUGUUCGCAAAUGCGAAGCUCCGACUUCUUAUGGGUGUGGUUGGGUUCGAACGAAUAGGAGUAGAAGACGUGCCUGGUGCUUCAUGGGUGAUCCCACCGACUUUGAAAUCGAGUGAUUUGCGGGAUUCUAUUACGAAUAUCAGCCAGACACUUGUCAACCCGAUUCCGGAGGGCAGUGCCGAAGACCCUCGUACUCUACUUACACGCAAAAAUGUCAGUGCCCGGAAUAGCGAGGCUCAUGACAUUCAUGAUGUCAAAUUUGGAUCAGACUCCGAGGGUGAAGAUACAGUUCCCGAUGGAAUCAUGUUCCCUCCUAACCCUCGAUCGAAGUCUAAUGCGCUGGAUGAGCUGAGGAAGAAAAGAAAGAAGAAGAGCAAGGCGGAUUCCGAGCAAGAGCCUUUGGAUGAUGAAACCAUUGAGGCUCGCCGACAGUCACGUCUCUCCAAUGCAUUGGCUCGUCAGCAGAAGAUCAAGAGUGAUCUUUUCAUCCAUGCUAGCGACGACGAGAGCGACGCGGAAGCAGACGCAGAAUUCUUCCGACUGGAAGAAGGGCGGCGAUUGGCGCAGGCGGAGAAUGUCAAGAAAGCCCUUCUUACUGGCAUCGUAGAAAAGUCGGUUGCCAAGGGCAAGAAGAAGGCGAGCGUCCGGAAGCGCCAAAGUGAUACAGCCGGUUCUGUCGCAGAGUCCAAGCGACGACGACGUGGAUCUGUCUCAGCCGGCAGUGGCGCGGACAGUGAUGGAGAUGAUGAUAUUCUCAUGACAAACAUGGGAGCCCAAUCGCCUGGCUCACCGCAGGAAGCGUCUACAAGUCGCGAUGCCGAAGAGAAUGAAGACACUCCUCUCACAUCGGCCGAGGAUGACAUGGAUUUCGAUGAAGAUUUUGCAAUCAGUCGGAACCGAAAUCUGAAGCCUUCGGUAGCCGAAACUGACGCGGACCCAGAUGAAGAGGAUGCCCCAAUUGUAUCAUCUCGACGGCGAUUAGGUGGUUUUGUGAUUGAGAGUGAUUCUGAGUAA